UAUUUUGUCCGGUGACAGUGUCUCGUGUCUCAUAAUCAUAUCGGUGGAUCAUCCAUCCUGCCUCGGCAUUGACUGACCUGUUGUUAGCAAACACUUGAACAGCAGAGAUAUACCCGCUAUAAACGAUCCGUUGGUCCGUUUGGCUGUGUCAACUGAACCACCGGCGAGCGGCUGGCGCUGACGGUAAUCCAGGAAACCCAUGGACACAUACGUUUUACCAGAGAGUAAGUGACCUAGUCCUAGGGGUGUGACAGCACUACCCAUGCGGACCUUCUAGUAAGUAAUUAGUUUCCUGAAGCACCUAGCGGCGGUAGGAGUAUGCCUCUAACGGACUUCGACUACACCUUCAAGGUUCUGAUUGUCGGUAACUCGGGAGUGGGCAAAAGCACUAUACUGGAGCGCUUCAUUGGAGGCGAUUUCAGGGAGAACCUUCCAAAGACGAUAGGUGUGGACUUCAAGACCAAGACUCUCAAAGUAGAUGGAUCCCGUGCCAAGCUACAGCUGUGGGAUACGGCUGGACAGGAGCGAUUCCGAACCAUCACAAACACGUUUUACCGUGGAGCAGUGGGUGUUGUCAUAGUGUUUGACGUCAGCGAUUCCACCUCGUAUGCGGAUGUAAUGAGAUGGGUGGAGAACGUUAGAUCCGAAUUCCUGGACGCCGAGCUGCCAGUUAUAUAUGUGGUAGGUAACAAGUGUGACCUGGAGGAAGGCCGCACGAUAAGCAACAAAGACGCACGCAAGUUUGCUUCCCAGCGUGGUUUCUCAUUCAUGGAUAUCAGUGCUCGUUCAGGGAGCAAUAUAGAAGAGCUUUUCCGUAGGUUAGCGGCUGACAUACUUCAAGAUAAGCAACUGCUCACCCGCAGUACCAUGCUAUCUGAGACCGUCAAGCUAUCAUCUCACAGCUACGACACACAUAGCAGCUUCUAUGGCGAGAGACAAGCAAAAGGAGGGUGCUGCAAGACAUCAUAAGCGUUACGGCUUGUUCCUAAACAAUCGACAUUGAGAAACCCACACUGUACGCUGAAUGCAUCAGGCACGCUUACCGCAGCAUAUCGCACCCUAGAAGCAUGCAGGGGGUUAUACGUAAGUGUGCCAAUUUGUUUAUGCGCACACUAUAUCCAUGUUGCCAGAGCUGUUCUCAGGUCGUUGCCUUCCCUCACUGCAUCAUUCUCCAGUCAUCUCUGUGUCUGCUCACAGAAUUGAUGCACUGCGUUAGGGCAGCAUGUUGUAGCCCUUUGCCCGUGUCACAAAGCCACUACACACUUCAGCAAAACAAGUCAGCGGCUUGGAGCCAGGUUCAUAUCAUGGCAUCUCUUGCCAUUGCGUAUUAUAUUUUGACUUCAGAUUGUAAUAGAAUAUUUUGCAGCUAGAGAAUCUGUGCUGGCCACAAUUUUUUUUAAAUUCCUCAACAAUUCAUUUUACCAAUUCAAAUUCUCAUCAAGCCUAUAUCAUACAAGUUAUUAUCACUAAAACUUGCAUUGCUGCAUUCUAUUCAUUAUAUAUCUGACUACAUAAUAUGACGACUAAUGGUCAUUAUGAAACUGUCAAAUUUAAGCCGUACGUGUUAGCAUAACUUCUAAAUAUGACUCUAUUCGCAAUGGUUGCACGAGCUUCUCAGGCUGGGGAUUUGCAAUGUUUUUCACGAUCACACUUCAAAGGUUUCUGUUCUAUUCAAUUCUAUUCAUAAAUUUAGAAUGUUUCCGA